AUGUGGCUACUGCGUUGGUGGCUUGAUUCGGAUGCGCUCGACACACACACACCUGUUGCAGAAAUUUACGAUAUCUCGCCGCUGUUGGGGCCACCAAAACCAACUCGACACAACUUGGUCCAUUUUGUGUUGCCCAGUGACCCAGUUCCUGAUGCAAUUUCCGCAGUACUUCGGCAACCUUACUUUGUGGUACUUCAACUUUCGGUUCGUAGUGUUCCCCCCGCUAUUGCUCAGCACGGAACUGUCUAUCAUGAGCUAACCAAUCCUCCAAUCAUGCCACCCAAAGGCGUUUUGCUUCACGAGAUCAAUGGGUGUAUUCAAUCCUACCGAUCAUCCCUCCUUGUCCCGCGGAUGUUGGAUUUGGACGUGGAUUAUGGAGUCGGCUUUGAUUUUGCUUCUCUGGGUCCUUUACGAGAUAUGUGCCUAGACCCGGUCGAAUCUCGAUAUGGUACUGUGGUACUGAAUGUACAAAUGUCCUAUGCGUUUGGAGAUCACAAGCAAGUGUUGAAACAAAGGGCAAUAAAACUCAAAGGCCCACCCGGUCUAGGCAACGAUUCGAUGGGCAACUGUCAUUUGGCAAUCAAUCAGAGUUCGACACGGGCAUGUGCAGACACCGUUCAGUUGGCAGAGAGUGUUUCAUGGAUUGCCCUUUCAGAUUGUUCCCGAACACACAAUUUGAUCGGUGCCAGCCUCGGCCCGAACGGCACAGGUCGCGCGGUUCUCGUCGAUCCAUUGAUCGGUGCAGUGGCAAUCACUCUGGCCGGUGGACAUUCCGAAUCCGGUCUCUCUCAGGUUUGCUGGUGUCCUCGAACUGCACACACAUUAAUCACCAGUGGGUAUGUCAGCUGGCGUUUUGUUUUCCUUCAAUUCAGACCUGUUGAUUCAAAAGCACUUAAAGGGACUCAUGGUACUAACUGA